UUACAAUUUUUGAAAUUCCAAUAUUGGGCUUAAAAUUGGGCCCAACACGUUGCAAUAACUUGUGCUGGUGGAAUUCCUGUUUUGCAGCAGCGCUUUACAAAUUGCAAUUCUCUUCUGAUAAAAAAACCCUUUUUUUAUUAAUACACAUUAUUUAAAAACUUAGAAGCGGAAAAGAGAAAAAGGUUGAGAGAAAAUCAAGAAAAUGGGAGAAGAAAAAGGCAAGAUUCAAGCUUUGAGGGAAUGGGUUGUGGAGCACAAGCUUCGUACUGUUGGGACUCUGUGGGCGAGUGGGAUUGUGGGUUCAAUGGCAUACAAUUGGUCUCAGCCUAAUAUGAAGACAAGCGUCAAGAUCAUUCAUGCUAGGUUGCACGCUCAAGCACUCACACUCGCUGCAUUGGCUGGGGCUGCGGUUGUCGAGUACUACGACCACAAGUCAGGAGCAAAAACAGAACGAGUUGCAAAGUUCCUUGACCUGAAUGAAAACCGACACAAGAAUUGAAUCGGAAGCUGAUGAGGGAUAUGCUUGAGGUUGGGAACUAGUGCUGGAUUUUGAGCUUCUGCUGAUAUUCUUUGCAGUUUCAACAGUAGUGGAAUAAUGCAUAACCUUCCUUGUUCUUGGUUUA